GCAAAGAGAAAUAAAGGAGAGCAAACGUGUGUAACGAUUCCAAAUUAAACUCCUGGAUCAGGAAAAUCAAUAAAAUGGACACAUGUCUCUUUGAAGGAGUUUUCACGCAAUCGCAGCAAAACUCCUGCAAGAUGUCUUCAUUCUGUUUUAUCCAUCAAACCUUUUCACCUUCAUCUUCUACAACGUUCUUGAAUCUCUAUAUCUAUGUCAAGUAUGACAAACUGUCAUCGAGACCGCAUAUCUCGAUAUCUUCGUCAUAAAAUUUUGCUGCUGCC